CGCACCUACAACAAAUUACGGAAGGCACAUCAUCAAAAAGCCUUCUAAAUUUUUUAUAAUAUUAUUCUCAUCUAGUAGACCAAAAUAAUUUCGUAUUUACGAAACUAGACGAAACUAAUCAAGAUGAAGAGAUUUUUAACGCUCUUUCUUGUUUUAAUAAUUUUUGCACUUUUCAUCACCCUGUGCAUGGGUAGUGAAUCUGGAUCAUCCAAUGAAUAUCUGGAUCGUUUUAAACAAUACUAUAAGGGAAUUAUUAAACAGGCAAAUGUUUUGAGUAAAGGAGAAGAAACUAAUGAGGAAAAUUAUUUGGAACUUUCUGAUGGUCUUCCAUUGGAUAAAUCUAAUUUAAUUCCACACCAAUAUAUUGUAAAAUUCAAGGAAAAUAUCAAAUUGACUGAAAAGGUACAAAUUACUUUUGAAAAGUCAACUGGUUGUGAAUUAUUACAAUACAUUCCAGAACAUUCGUAUUUAGUUUAUAUUAAUAAUGAUCAAGUGAAGAAGGUUCAAGCUUAUCCACAAGUUUCUCAUUUGAUUCCACUCACUCCAAAGAUGAAGGUUGAUCCAAAUUUGAUUCGUGAUAUGGAAUCUGGAGUAUUCGAAAGCUGUAGUGUAAAUACUCCUGGAAGAAAGGUUGGUGGAGCUAUUGUUCACAUGAGUGUUAGUUUAGUUCCUGAACUUUCUUCACAAUCUGCCAGAGAUGUUGCUGGACAAAUUAGAAGUGCCUGUGAAAAUCUCACCAAUGUAAAAUAUUUGAGAGUUGUUUCCAAUAGAAAGGUCAUGAUUAGUUUACAAAUCUGUUCUAGACAUGAUCUAGUUCUGGUUGUUGAUAUUUUGGCUCAUCAUCCAGCCAUUCACUGGAUUGAAAGAUUCGACAUGGAACGUGAUGGUUUCCUUCCAGAAAAUUACAAUGCUCGUUUAAUUGUUCAACAGGGAUCAUCAAGGGCAAGUAUUGGUGAUGGUCCAUUCUAUCAAGUUGGAAUUACUGGUAAGAAUCAAACAGUUGCCAUUACUGAUUCUGGUUUGGAUGUUGAUCAUUGUUUCUUCCAUGAUCCAGCUGCUUCUGUUCCAGUCAUUCAAAGUAGUGAUUCAUUAAUUAGAACUGUUUUAAAUGCUCCUCAAGCUGUUGAAAGUAAUCAUCGUAAGAUUAAGGCCUAUGUUGCUUUUAUGGAUAGAAAAGAUGGUGGACAUGGACAUGGAUCUCACACUUCAGGAACUCUUGCUGGUAAAUGUCUCUAUCCAGAUAGUCCAAUUUGUAAACACAAUGGUAUUGCACAAGAUUCUAAAUUGGUUUUCUUUGAUGUUGGUUGUGAUUUGGAUGGUGGAUGUCAAUGUGAUUCAUUCGAUGCUUGUCCAUGUUACAUGUAUCCAGAAGGAAAAUGUCCAGGAAAGAACAAAUUGGUUACACCAAUUGACUUGUAUAGUGGUUUAUUCGAACCUCAAUAUAAAUUGGGUGCUCGUAUUUCAUCCAAUUCAUUGGGUGGUAAGAUUGGUAAUGGAUACACUCAAUCAACACAAGAAAUUGACAAAUUCCAAUAUGAACAUGAUGAUUUCCUUGUAGUUUGGUCUGCUGGUAAUUCUGGUGCCAAAGGUUACAUGACAUUGACUGGUCCAUCAAAGCAAGCCAAGAAUUCUAUCAUUGUUGGUGCCUCUGUCAGUGGAAUUGAAUCAUGGAAAGAAGCUCUCAAAUAUAGAAAUUACACACAACGUGCCAAUAUUUUACGUAAGAAAUUGACCAAAAAGUACAAUUGUAAAUGUGGCGUCUGUAAUAUUAAGAAGUGUUCAGCCAUUGACAAGUUGAAAUCCGAAGAAGGAUGUAAUGCAUACAUGGGAGACAAUUGUAAAUUCAAACACAAAUUGAAGAUUAUGAAGAAGAAACUCAAUUUCAAUGUUUCAUUUGCAUGCAGUCAAAAGUGUGCCUUGAAGAGUUUGGAAGAUGAAAAGUUGAAACCAUUCUUCAAUGAACAAAACUUGGCAGAUUUCAGUUCAUUGGGACCAACACUCGAUGGUCGUAUCAAGCCAGAUAUUGUAGCUCCAGGUUAUUUCUUGCUUUCUGCCAGAUCUCAUUUCGGUUCUCAAGAAGGUAAAUGUUCUCUCUCCAAUAAGAAUGAUAUGAAAUUACAAUUGAAAGAAAUGGGAGGUACAUCAAUGUCAACACCUGUCGUUGCUUCAGCUGCCACUCUUGUAAGACAGUAUUUCACUGAUGGUUUUUAUCCAUAUGGUAAACCAUCAGUUAAUGCUGAAUAUACUCAACCAUCUGCUGCACUUAUUAAGGCAAUUUUGAUUCAAAGUGCUAGAGGAAUGAAGGGACUUGCUAGAAAGACUGACUCUUUCACUCAUUUCAAUAAGAAGCACAGAACUAUCUUUGAAGGACACGGCCUCAUUAAUUUGUCAAACACCUUAAAGUUGGCCAAUAACCCACAAACUCCACAAGAUUUGUUCGUUAUUGAUAGACAAGAAAUUACCACUGAUAUCAUUCACUCAUAUACUUUCAAUGUUGGUGAUAAUGCCACAGAAUUGGCAAUUACUUUGGCCUGGACUGAUUAUCCUGCUUCUCCAAUGGCCUCUCUUGCCCUUGUCAAUGAUUUGGACUUGAAAUUGGAAUAUGAAACAAAUGGUGAAGUUCAAUCCAUCUAUGGUAACCACUUGUACAAUAAUAAUCAACCUGACAGAUUGAACAAUGUUGAAAAGAUUUUGAUUCCACUCCCACCAGUUAAUACUGAUUUGAUUGUAACUGUUAAAGGACAUAAUGUUCCACACGGUCCACAAAAAUACAGUUUGGUUAUUAAUGGAAAGAAGAUUACUAAGGCCUCAAGAAUUAGAAGAUCCCUCGAUGUAACUGAUGUUUCUCCAUCCAAUAUUGUAAACUUUUUCAAUUGGGAAUUUGCCUUAAUCAUUACCUCUUUGGCUACUGCUUUACUCGUUUCUGUAGCUGUCAAUAUUGGUCUCUGUGUUUAUUCUUGUAUUAAGAGAAAGGCUACCUAUGCCAAUCUUUAAAUAAAUUAGUUUAUUAUUGAAA